GAAAAUUUCAAGCUGCGUUGUUUGGUCACCAUGAUUCUCUUAAUAUUUUCCUUGCUGUGUCUGCUGUCAGCAAGCCAAGCUCAAGACUUGACCCAACAACCCUUCGCUCACGGCUCGGAAGUCGUAGAAGCUGUUGUUGAUUUGAUUCGUGAAAAUUGUAUCUUUCCUGAAGAGAACAGAUUUCUACGAAGAUGGGCAUACGUCAAAACAAGGGAUGGAACUCUUCCUUCUGCUAGUGGGGUCCAUGGCGGCAUUUGGAAGAUAACUAAAGGUUUUUUUCAAAGAACGAAGAAUGAUGUGGUAUUACAGCCUUACCUUGAUAAAAUAAACAAACUAUUGGGUAGGAACUGGUUGGAUGUUCAAUGGCCAGAGUUAGUUAAACCUCUAUAUUCAGGGCUAGCGGCUGUUUUAAUUACAGUUCAACAGAUGCAUGCUCAAAAUAUCCCCCGAAUUCCACCAGAAGUAGAACUACAAGGCAACUUGUGGUUUAAGUUUUUUCAAUUUGGAGAAUCGGCCUACAAUUAUACUGCUACUGUGAACUUGAUGAAUCAAGGUUGCAAGGGGAAUGAAGCUAUAGAUAUGGUGUUCAUCAUUGAUUCUUCGAGCAGUGUGAAUCCAGAUGACCUUGUAAGAGUCAAGGCCUUCAUGACAAACAUCAUCGGUGAAUUUAACAUUGGAAACAGGGACACAAGAAUCGCUGUGAUUCGAUAUUCAACACAAGUCACUGAAGCCAUCAGAUUUUCCGAUACACAGACGCAAAGUAAUAUCAUAAAGAUGAUAAAUGAUAUAAAUUUCGAAGCGGGGAGUACAAAUACAGCUGGAGCAUUGGACAAAGCGAGGAUAACUUUCACAUCGGCUCGUUCAGAUGCAGUAAAAGUCGCUGUCCUUGUCACUGAUGGAAAAUCAGACGAUUUCAUCAACACCAAGCAUUCCACAGACAAUUUGAAAGCAGACGGAAUUGCAGUAUUUACUGUUGGUGUUGGAAAAUUGAUCGAUCAGACGGAAUUGAACUAUAUAUCUUCAUCACCUGCAUGUACCCAUACCUACACCGUCGCAGACUUUCAAGGCAUCAACGCCCUGGUGGAAGAAAUACAACACAGUGUUUGUAGAGCACCUCUGUAUGCUAACUUCACUGUAACAUGUGAAAUUGGAAGAUGUCCUCCAUACGCUUUCCCUCUACCAUCUAUAGGUUUGACCAUACAGGCAAACAUCACAUGUGGUGGAGUAACAGUCUAUAGCUCUGUAUCCCAGGCCUACCCAGGAGUCGCUGCUAGUGACAAACAAGUUGUUGUCCAGUAUUAUAAUGAAUCAGAAUUUUAUCAACCAGGCGUGGAGAAUCAGAAAUAUCUCUAUGUUAAACCUGAAGACCAUUUGAUCUUUGGUAACGGUCCUUGUUUGCUCACCUUGACCCCAUUUCAAGGUCAACUCAGACACACUGUAUAUAUAUAUUGUGAAGAAAAUGGCGUUAGAAGAAACUGUACAGAGGAAGAACUUUGUCCAGGUGGAAAAGUACACAACUCAUAUAACCCAUGUACCAAGGAAAAUCUUGCCACGGGCAAAACCAGGUUCCCCUACCCUGGGGACAAUACCAAAUUUUAUAUAUGUCAGUCUUCGAAGGCAAUUAUCGCAAGUUGUCCCGAGGGAGAGGUGUUUGCCCCCCAAUGCCAACUCUGCUACGGAAAAAAUCAACCAGUUAUUACAAAUUGUAAUGCAUCUAAUAUCAACUCAAAAUUCGACGGAUAUUGCACAACGGAAAAUAUCCUCGCUGGCAAAUACUAUUUCACACAUCCAUUGGACAUUCAUUUAUAUAUACAAUGUGACCCUUGGGGUAACGCAUAUGUAAUGUCCUGUGAAGGAGACCUUAUUUGGCAGGAAACGAAACUGUCGUGCGAAAAGCGCGACACUUUGAUCAACCCCUGUCUUCACAUGGAUCAACAGGGGAACGAGCGCUUUUAUGCCUAUCCCUUAGAUUUCCACAAGUUUAUUGAAUGCAAUGAUUUCCUAGAUCCCUUGGUAAUGAGUUGUCCUGCAGGUCUAAUGUGGAGCGAUUGUAUAAAAACAUGCAUGCAACGCGCUAGAAUUCCAAACAAUUGUUUCAUUGAUCCUAAUGGUCCACUGGCUUCCUACAUACCCACUGCUCAAAUCCCACCAUAAAUUUGAAACAAUUGCAUUUUACAGACUGGUUUCAUUGUGUUAAGUAAAAAAACACCCCUCAUUUUCUAAAUGAACUCUUCCUUACAAGUAUGAUCAUAGAAAUUGUUGAAAUAUGCAUUUGUGGAAGAGUUCGCUUUAGUUAAAGGCGUGUCAAGUUACUUAGUACACAUUGAAAGUUCAGAAAAACGUACAUUUUCCCCUUAAAUUCUAUUGUUAAUUUGUCUAUUGAAUAAAACCCUCAUAUGUCUGAAAAAAA